CGGAUCCAAAGCUCUCCACACGCCCGCCGCUUGCCCCCCAUGUCCAACUCGACCGACGCCUUGGCCUACCGCUGGAACGAAGACCGAGCCACCGAUGGCGUCCCCAUCACCAUCAUAUGCCCCUCCAUCGUGCUCUUGCUUGUCGCCCUCCGCAUAUACACAAGAGCGGUCUAUCUCGUCAAGAAGAUCUUCGUCGAAGACUACGCCAUCGUCGGGGCCAUGGUCUUCUCCAUCAUCCUAUCUGUCUUCCUUGUGAUAGCCUUCUCCAAUGGCGCUGGAAGACAUUUCGAAACAGUCAGCUCCCAGGAGUGGAUGCGUAUUCGCAAGUUUACCCCCUACGUGUACAUCAGCUACAGCGCAGCGCACUUCCUCCUCAAGCUGUCCAUCGUGUUCCAGUACAUGCGAAUCAGUGUCAUGAAUUUCGAGAAGCGUUUAUGCUAUGCUCUUGCUGCCAUCCUAGUCUGCGGGUUUCUUUCCUUCUUCGUAACUAGUCUUGUCAUCUGCAGACCCUUUUACGCCAUAUGGACGCCAAACGUCCCCGGAGCCGUCUGCGUCAACGUUACCCUUUCAAUGACGGCAACUCAGAUAUACUUCAUCGUUAUGGACUUUGCCAUCCUAAUCGGUCCCUUUUUUAUCCUUCGGCACCUAACAAUCCCCUGGCCGCAACGAAUACUUCUCGGCUUCGUUUUGGCUCUUGGAGCAAUGGCGAGUAUCGUGUCCGUCCUGCGUCUGCUGGUGAUCCAGCGGUCUACAACCUCAACAGACAAAACAUGGGAUAGUGUCCCUAGCGGUUUAUACGGCGUCAUCGAGAUAAACGUCGGCAUUGCCUGCUCGUGCAUCGUUACGCUCAGACCAUUGUUCAGUCGAUGGCGGUGGCUUGCCCGGGGCGAACCAAAGCCACCGCCAGGGAUAAGUCCGGCACAAAAGCCUCCGCGCCCCAUGGACCCCUUUUCCGUGGGCAGCGACAGCACCCAAGUUCUCACCGUGUCCGAUGAUAUGGAACUGGGCAGGGUGCACGCGGCCAGCUAUGGGGGCUCCACCAGGGCAGGCAGCAGAGCUGCUGAGGAACACGGAGAGCAGACUCUUCCGGCGGUGUCGCGAUGGGAGAGCACGGACCCCCACUUCCGGUUGGACGAAGAGCAGCAGCGCCGGCAGACUUCUGUCGCCUAGGGCCCCGAUCACCUGGACUCCAGGAAUUCGAGGCACCCUUCGACCUAGCCUAGCGACAAGUGAUAUCGAUAUGAUACCAUGUGUGUAUCCAGCCAAG